AUGUGGUUUGCAGACGACUCCUCCGCGGGCGGCAGAGUCCAACGACUACGCGCUUGGUGGGAUAUUCUGCGACAGAAAGGACCGGCAUAUGGGUACGCAGCAAAUGCUGAGAAAUCAGUCCUGGUUGUCAAGGCCGGUCACCUGACGGAAGCUGAGGACGCCUUUGCAGGGACCGGUGUGCACAUUACCACCGACGGCCACCGGUUUCUAGGUGCUGCACUCGGAUCGACGGAGUUCGUCCAGAGCUAUGUUUCCCAGAAGGCAAACGGGUGGAAAGACGAGAUCGUGUCCUUGGCCAAGAUUGCCGAAACCCAGCCACAGGCUGCCUAUGCAGCAUUCACGCAAGGCCUGAAGCAUCGCUGGUCCUUCCUGUGCAGAGUCAUGGAGUGUGCUGCUGAAAAUCUUGGCCCUCUGGAAGACACCAUCACCAAUGUCCUUAUUCCUGCCCUGUGCGGUAAGCCAGUAAACUCACGUGAGCGAAGGGUCCUUGCUUUCCCAUGCCGUGAAGGAGGCCUCGGCUUAGUCGACCCCACCACCUUGGGCGACCAGUUCCGGGCAUCGGCAGCGAUAACCUCGGCGCUCGUCCGCAAGAUUCUGGACCAGGACACCCAGAUUGGCCAUGUGCUGGACCUGGUACGGUCCACUAAGAGGGAGGUGGCAAGUCGUACCCGCACUUCAACGGCCCAAGCAGCCAAAGAGUUCAUCCUGACGCAGAACACUGAUAUCCAGCUCUGUGUCGGUCUGGCGGCGGAGAAGGGUGCGUCGGCUUGGCUGACCUGUAGACCCCUGAAGGCCCAUGGCUUUGCCCUCUCGAAGGGUGAGUUCCGGGAUGGCCUUGCUCUCCGCUAUGGCUGGCCGCCAGCCCACCUUCCAUCGAUCUGCCCGUGUGGUGCAUCGUUCACCGUCGCCCACGCCUUGUCGUGCUCUCUGGGUGGGUUUCCCUCACUGAGGCACAACGAGGUACGAGAUGUUACGGCUGGUCUCCUCAAACGGGUCGCCAACAACGUCACCACUGAACCACACCUGCAGCCGGUAACUGGGGAAGCAUUCCGCUACCGCUCUGCCAUAACGGACCCCCAGGCUAGGCUGGAUAUAGCAGCGAGUGGUGUCUGGGGUUCCCCGUAG